UCAUGCUGCUGCCAGGUCCAGAGUCUGUCAUGGGUCCCUGUUCGGCCUCCCAUUGCUGCUGUCUCCAUCGCCACACUCUGCCAUGUGCCACUUUCAGGUCUCCUCACACACUGCUGGUGUGUAGAAUUUUUUGACAUAGGGUGCUGGCAGAUUACGGGCCUCCCAUUGCUGCUGCCAGGCCCCUAAUCUGCCAUGGGCCCCUAUACCGCCUCCUCAUGCUGCUGCCAAUCCAGAGUCUCUCAUGGGUCCCUGUACGGCCUCCCAUUGCUGCUGUCUCCAUCGCCCCACUCUGCCAUGUGCCACUUUCAGGUCUCCUCACACUGCUGGUGUGUGUAGAAUUUUUUGAC